GAAAGCAUGAAAUGCUGCUGCACUCUAGCGAGGCCACAUUUAGAAUAGCGUGAGUGGCUCUGGGCUCCCCAGUUCAAAAAAGACAGGGAUCUCCUAGAAGGAGUUCAUCAGAGGGUGACAAAGGCAAUAAAGGGCUGGAGCAUCUCCCGUAGGAGGAAAGGCUAGUGACCUUGGCCUGCUCAGCCUGGGGAAAAGACGACUGAGGGGGUUCUGAUGCAUGUUUAUAAAUAUUUGAAGCGAGGUGGGAGGCAAAUGGUAGGGGCCAGGCUCUUCUUGGUGUGCAGUGGUAGGACGAGGAGCAACGGUCUAAAACUUGAACAUAAGGAGUUCCCUGCAGACACGUGGAAGAACUUCUGUACAGUAAGGGUAAUGAAGCACCAGAGCAGGUUGCUCAGAGACGUUGUGGAGUCUCCUUCUCUGAUGGUAUUCAAAAUCCAUCCUGAUGCCUACCUGUGCAACCUCUUGUAUAGAACCUGCUUUAGCAGGGGAGUUGGACUCGAUGAGCUCUUCAGGUCCCUUCCAUUCCCAUUCCAAUCAAUUCUGUGAUUCUGUGAAUCAUAGAAUUGGAGAAUCUAGAAGUGCUGAAUGAUCGUGGAAACAUCGUAGCAUCUACAAUCUUGGAAAUACAGUCAAGAUACACAGCACUGUGAUAGAAUGGAGGAAAAAAAUGACCCUUAAUUGCCCUUGAAGUACUCUGAAAUCAAGGAGUCUAGAAUCCUCGCAGAACUUGACUCAGGCAAGCAAACACUAAGGACCUCGGCCUUUCCCUCCCUGCGUUUCCCCCACAUCUCAGAAAGGAUGAGAAUUCUCCUGUGUCCUCCUUCAGUUGCUCAUAUACUUAGAGCAGCAUUUUUAAUUGUCCUUAAUGGCAGAAGGCAGAUGAAGCUCCAGUUGUGCUUUGCCCUUCUGAUUUCUCCUUGAGGGGCCUUACGGCACCUUUGCAGUCCUAAUUUGGUGCUGGACAGAAGCAGAUCAGCAUUAACAGGAGUUAGUGGGCACAAAAUCACAGUUUGCUUCCUCACUGCCUCAGGGAAAUUCUGCAGGGAGCGAGCUCACAACUGAUGGCAUGGAACAGCAUCACUCGGCACUGCUUAUGGGAUGGGUUAUCUCAGAAGUCAAAGCACUGCAAGUUACAAGUGCUCAGAGGUUUGCUUCCUCAAAAGAUGUACUUUAAAUUCCAUUUCUAAUACUGAACUUAAUACAGGGAGGGAACUGAGGUUUAUGAUCUUCCUGAAAGGAAUCCAACACCACCGUGCCCUUCUCAAAGCCUCCUGUUGUGGGGAAGUCUCUGACUCUCAGGAAUGCGGUCGGAGACGCAGCAGCGCACCGCUGUGGUUAAAAGCUGUGAGUCUGCUCUGUUGUUCAGCACUGCUCUCUUCAUACAUGUUAACAGAGCGUUCUGCAAAAUACUCUGACCGUUCACAAGGGCGCUUAUCCAGUCAGAGCUGUGAGACCUUCUUUCUUCUUCCAAAGGUGUCCUUGGUUCUCAUGCUGCUUAUCUUGCUCCACAGCUGCUGCUCUGAACAGUUUCUCUUGUAUUCCCACCUCCUUUGGCAUAAUUCAUGGAAGGAAGAGCACUCACGUGCACUACACAAAUAAAAAGAGCAUCUCUGACCUCAUAAACUUGCACAUUGCAAUGCUAAUACUCCAUGGGAGAAACAUAAAAUUACCCCAUUUGUUUCCUGCAAUUGAUCUGUCUCCUUUUUCCACACCAAGCAUAUAUUCAAAAACUUCAUUUGCAGCAAAAACGUGGAGGCUAAAGUUAAAAUACAACAACAAACACACUACUUUACAUGUAGAGAUUUGGGAAUGUGUGCUGUCUCUGAGGAUGGAGUUCUAUCCUUCAGCAUUCCAAUAGCCCGUGUGCUUUAAAGCACAGCACCGAGCAAUUUUUUCAAGUUGCUGUUGUGUUCUGACUCUGGAUUCUCCGAUUUCCUGAUUCCACACCAAUGCACAAAGCUGUGCUCAGAAACAACCCCUCGUGUCAUUCCAGUUCCUUCCUCUGCAUUGUGUCACCCAGCUCUGGGAACACUGCUUUUGGAUCAGAUCCUGCAGGCAGCAGAGCUCUUCCCGUAAGAAUGCUCAAAGACCAGAAGUGAAAGCAAAAUUGACACAUUGCGCAUAACGUCCAGCAGCAGAGCAUCCAGCAGCAGAACAGCCUCAGUGGGGCUCAGGCCGCAGCUGCUGCAAAGCCUGUGGUCCCUUGGCGCCCGGGGAUGCUUUCACCUUCAUCUUCUCCUCUGAGGAUCGAAUGAGCGACUCGUGAUCCCGUGAAGUCUGAGUCUAGGUGAUAAAUUGCACCGCGUGCUGAUGAACAGCUGAUCGCCGAGGCUCUGGGUGAGUGAGAAGUCGGGGGAGCUGAGGAUUCUAGGUAGUAAGAAAGCUGUGCUAAUUGCUGGAAGUUCUGUGCAACAGCCAUCUAUGCUAAAGCUAGAAGUUGUAGGUAAUGGUAAGCAGUGCUGCUUGCUAGAAUGUUGAUGGAUUCCUGCACUCAGCUUGUAACCGGGGCCCUGAGGUCUGUCCUCACACCUGCCAGGGAUGCCACAGUGGGAUAAGCAGUGGCUCAUGGCAAUCCCAAUGCCCUGUAAGCCCACGACUGUGUGCACGGCUGUGCAUGAGAGUGGCUGGGACAGAAACAUCUGGGGGAGCUGGGAGGAGUGCAGUGGGGAAGUAAUUGUUUCCACAUUGAUGAUUCAGCAGCAACUGUGACAGAGCAACAAAACUCCACUGCUUUGUACACACGUUCCAGAAUUAGGAACUGCUGAACUCGAAGCAGGUAUUGUAAAUACUUUGGCUUGGCUUGAUGUGAUGCAGACUGUUCCUUUAAACAACUUGAGCUCUGAAAUUGAAUUGUAUGUAUAAUUAACCAUUCAAAAUUAUUGGGCUUUAGGUGAUCCUUUAGCACUGCCAGGUGAAACACCAUCUGUUGGAUUAUGCUAAAUUAUCAAAUUACCCUAAUCUAAACAAGGCAAACACAAGAUAAAUGUCAUCCAGACCCAGGUUCUCACUUUUCACCAAAUGGUUCAGGAGCGACCCUUGGUGAAGAGCCUAACAGCUGUUUGCUCUUGCCUCUGGUCCUAAAAUCUUCAUGGAAGCUCCUGUUGUAACCUCAGCACGGUAACCAGUCAUUCUGGAGGAAUUACCAGAAGGUUCUUGUUCCCACUGAAUCAGGUGAGAGUCCCAAAUAUCCUGAAAGGCUCCUGCUGUAAAGAACUGCAUUUCCAAAGCCUCUUCACUGCAGCAGCACUGUGCUGAACAAUGGCAUCAGGAGGCAGGAAGGAGAACGCAGUGGUCGAGCUCCUAUGGUACAGCCUGGAGCAACUGGGGAAGCAUGCUCUCACAGAGUUCAAGGCUGAACUCAGCAAGAUCCAGCCCAAGGAGGGGUACGAGUGCAUCGAGCUGGAGAGUGUGACGGAUCUGUCGCCAGCAGCGCUCGCCAGCUUGCUGUACAGCCACUUUGGGCAGUCCCACUGCGUGGAGGUGACAGCACAUGUGCUGUGGGCCAUGGGAUGGAUGGCUCUGGCCAGCGAUCUCCUGGACAAGCUGAACCAGGGGGCGAGGUUUGUUGAAUGGAGCAGUGACCUCCUAAUCCAGAAAGUCUAUAACGUGGAUGGGACCAUGAAGGAACUCCUCCAGGAAGGUGUGCUGAGCUCUGAGCAGCAUGACAGCAUCAUGGCAGAGAGCACCAACCUGAAUAGAAUGCAGAAGCUCUAUGAACUGGUGCCAGCAUGGGACGACACAGCCAAAUAUUGCCUGUAUGAUGUACUGAUGAGAAAUAAUCCCUCCAUCUUCUUGCAAUAUUUAGCAGAUACCAGGGCUGAAUCAUGCUUUGAUGAGUUCGGGAUGAAAAAACAAGAUACCUCCUGGGCCGGUCCUGUGACAUAUCCAGACAUCUGCCUGUCCAGUUCUGUGGGCUAUCCAGGUGGGAUAGAAGAACCAGCAAUAUCUGAGAGCACAGACACAAAUUGGAGAAAACUGAUGGGAAAUCAAAAUCUGCUCACACCGUGUGCGCCUCCAGAACGUGAGCCUCCACAGAUGGAGAGUGACAGUGGCACACACUCAGGUGCCAAAUGCAUGGCAUGUCCCUGGCCAGAGGAUGACAGGGCAGAAGAAGUGAAGCCAGAGAUUACUGGAGGCAAAGAAGGCAAGAAAGAGACAUACAGAGCUCAUUUCCCUCGGGCCGGUUUCUUCCGCUGUGCUGAGACAGAGCUCAAGUUCCUGGUGAGGACGGCCACCACUGUUGAGUAUGAGUACUCCUUCUGGGAACGUCACCUGCCUGAUGGGAUCCCCGCUGGAUGGAUGGAGGCUGGACCGGUGUUCGACAUCCGUGUUACGCUGGGUGCUGUCGAGGCCGUUCAUCUCCCUCAUUUCCUGUGUCUCGCAGAGGGAAAUGUGAACACGUCUGAGAUGCGUAUCGGCCAUGUCGUCAAUGGGAACCUGCUCCUGGAGAAGCCUGAUGCAGUGAAACCAUUCCAUGCAGAGUUGAGGGACCCCAGUUUCUCCCCCAUGGGAGUCAUCUUGCUUUCUGCCGCAUUCCCCUUCAUCCCCGUGCACUCCCUUGUGCUGCUCUACCGUGUCAUCAGGGCUGCCGACAUCACCCUUCACCUCUACCUCAUCCCCAACAACCACGGCCUGGAAAAGGUGGUGGACAAGGAUGAGAAGAGACGAGGCCAUUCACUCUUGGUGAACAAACCUCCCCAGACCAAACGACCGCUGAACUUCAACACAUGGUACCGCGUAUCUGGUCCUUCACAGGCAGAGAUAAACCCUCAAGAGCUGAAAUUCGUCUACCUGACAUCAGACAGCCGCCAGCUCCACACCGAGGUCUACAACAAAGACCUCCAGGAGGGAAUGCAGCUCACUUUGAUGAAGGUCGCCCAGGAGGGUGAAAAGGAGUGUGACCCAUUGUGGGCUGCCUUCCUGAGGGCAGGGGACAUUGAGCCUCCAGCUGCCUCUCCUCCUUCGUACUCAGGGCUGCAUUUUGUGGAGCAGCACCGAGAGCAGCUGAUCCAACGAGUGACAUCUGUCAGCACUGUCCUGGACCGGCUCUACGGGCACGUCCUGAGCAAUGAGCAGUACCAGAGCAUCCGAGCAGUGCCCACCAUGCAGGAGCAGAUGCGGCUCCUCUACAGCUUCGUGCCCAGCUGGGACAUCGCCUGCAAGGAUCUGUUCCUGGACGCUCUGAAGGAUACCAACAGUCACCUCAUCCAGGACCUCCAGGGACAGUGAAAACCAUCUCAGGGAGGUUCUGAGUGAGUUCAGCUCAUGGGCACCUUGGGAAGAUGAACCCCUGGAGGGGCUCUAAAUGACUCAGGGAGCCCUGAGCUGGGGCUGUCUUUAACCCAACCAGCCUGCAGGAGAUCUCCCCUAACACCCCCUUAGUCCCUGUUGACACAGUGCUGACCCCAGAGCCAUCCUGUUGUCCCAUCAGGGACCAGGUUCGUGCUGGUGUGCCAGCACACAGAGCCACAAUUAAGAUGGAAACCUCUUCACAGAGCUUUCCCUCUUAAUUCUGCAGAACAAGGAGCUUGGCAAUCAUUUGCUAAGGCAGCAGUACCCAAGAUAGAAGCACAGUUACUCCUACAUGGAUGUUUACAAGGUGAUCCCUUUUUAUAGUUUCUAAUUGGGUACUUGGUUUCAUCUUUUCUGGGCUUGCUCUUUCUGGGACUGGAAGAUUCUGUCUCAUUACAAUCUCAUUUUCAUGCUGAUGGUAUCAUGCUUUAUCAAGUAAUUAGCCCUUAAUGAGCCUAAAGACCAAUUUCAGGGCAAUUUCCCUUCCUUGCUGACACCAGAAUAUUAUCACUUUUGACACACUUGGGGCUGAAUUGUGCCCUUUUUACUCAUUCUUCCCAUAUUUGUCAUCAAUUUUUCCCACUUUUCUGUCCUUGGGGGACAUCUUUGAGACUGCGAACCCACUGUUUUUCCCUUUCACUUUUCUUCGUGGACUCUGGGAGCAACGCAUUAGCAGCAAUUGCUUCCAGAGGUAAAGAAAUGUACAGGGACAGUUUUCCCUAUCAUCACAUAACUCAUUUCAUUUAAAUCGACCUUUGUGGUUCAGCCAUUCAGGUCUUGUGAUUCCCAAACACACCAGGGCAGGGAAUUAUCCCUCCAAUAAUAACCUCCAGCAGAGCGAGAAGAGCAACAUUAAAAGUACCAAAGUAUCAAACGCUUAUUGACAUAAUUCCACCGUUGUGUUGGCCUCAGCGGAGCGGGAGGUGGUAAUGUCCAUGAUACACAAGGUUCAUCUGGGAUAUCGGCCACGUUGGGCCCAAGCUGCAAGGAUGGGGGCUGGGUCUGACAGAGAGGGGCCUGAGGAGAUGGGUUCUACACAGGAUUAUGUGUCUCCAGGGGGUCUUCAUGAGGUAUAGGUUGUCAGUGGGGCUAGGCUCCAAGGGUUAUGGGGUCCCCACGGGGGGUAGGGUCUCCACAAGAUACAGCUUGUCAAUAAGAUGGGCUUUCAUUCCUUAUAGGGUCUGUGUGGAAGUCAGGGCCUCCAAGGGCUGGAUCUUCCAAGUGUUUACACAGUCUGCAUGGGAUACAGGGGGGUCAGCAGAACUGCUGUCCUGGACUUCUGGAGGGCAGACGUCCAGCUGUUCAGAGCAGCCAUGUCCAAACCGUGGCCCAGCACAGCUUGCAUUGCAGUGCAGCCACUCCUCUCAUCAGUGUGCUGCAAACCCGACCCGGGCUGAAAGCAGGGACAGGGAAGGCGCAGUGCAGCGCCAGCUCAGGUUAUGGCAAACCACUUUAUGCAUUUUAUUACAUUGCCUUACAGUCCUGUGAGAACAAAAAAGAUGCAGCCAGGUUUUUUUGCGGUAAAGGAAUGCGAGAGUAAGUUUCAACGUGACUGCCUAAAAAAAUCACUAGUUUAUUUGUGACUCCAUUUUCUGUCGAUGUAAGUACGUCCCCUGUGGAUUUGCAACCGGAAUCUUAGUUGCAAAUAAAGUUGCAAUCAAAAAUCUGA